CUACCACCUUUCACUACUGUAUACUUCGGAAAUAUACUUCCAAGAGAACCAAUUGACCAGAUCAAUAUCAAAAUGAACUCUUAUUACUCAAAUAACCUCCCUCCUGCACCACCGAAUUACUACAACCCUCCUCCGCCGAACUACGGUCCUCCACCUUAUAACCACAACUACAACUAUCCACCUUCAGGACCACCAGGACCACCAGGACCACCACAGAACUACUAUCCUCCUCAAAACUACUACAGCACUGACAACAAUGGCCACUUCCCACACACUCCAUCACCGCCACCAUUUCACCCACAUCAUCACUUUGAUCCUCACUCCCACCAGCAAUCCCAAACAGCAACAACAACACCCCCCUCAACCCUAACCAUAACCCCCUCCAAAGAGAACUCCUCCCUCUUCCACCUCACCCCAUUCUCCACCUCAACCCCCAGCCAACCACCCCAAUACAGCGCCCUAAUCAACAAAUACAGCAAACCCCACGUCCAGAUCUCCCAAGGCCCAAACACCCCCUCGACCUCCCCCCCACUGGGCACCGCCAUAAUGCACUCCUUCUCCUCCACAACAGACUGCGUCCUCCCCUCCCCAACCUCCCCCAACACACCCUGCCCCUUCGGCGUGAAAGAAUCCUCCCUGUCCGGAAACUUCACCGUCACGCACCCCGUCCUGGGGAGCUAUAAAUGGAAAGCGAACCAGUUGACCGGGACCACGCUCGAGCUGGUCAGACUGGAUGGGGAUGGACACGGGCAGAAGUUGGCGAAGAUCCACGUGUUUGGGUUUGGGGCUUCUGGGUCCUCUUCUAAGGGGAAGGCGAAGGGGAGGAGGUUGGAGAUCUAUGUGCCGAUGAGCAGGCCGGUGAUGGAUUUGGUGGUGCUGUCGGGGUUGGUGGCCAUGGUCGGGACGAGGGGGAUGAUGGAGGCUGCCGGGGAGGUCGCGGGGGCGCUGGCGGGUGUUUAG